AUGUGCUUGAAGUUCAAGAGAAAUCUCUCGCCAAACAAUCACAAAAUGUCGUCUGCCGUCUCCCCCACCACGCCUUCGGGCACAUUGCCCACUCGCACCCUCACCGACGAGGCAGUGCCCGACGAGGAUAGCAGCGAAGUCAGCAAGCUGUUCCACGAGCGUUUGGAUGCAUGGAGACAUGCAUGUGCAUACCUCGAGGACUAUGUCGAGGCCACGGAGAAGCUGCAGCAUUCCACUGCAAAGGACUACGACAAKGUGCUGAAGACGGUGAACAGCCCCUUGAAGGAGGGUCACCACUUUGAUCAGUCCCUGGGCGGUGUAGCGGGCUUGUUCGACAACAUCCGCACCAACACCCAGGGCAUGCAAAACAGCCACAAUGAGACUGCCAAGACUCUCAAGGGCUCCGUUCUGCCUAUUUUCAGCCGUUUGCACACCGAGAUCAAGAACAAGACCAAGGAGCUGAACAAGGGUGUCGGCAAGCAGUCCAAGGUGGUCGACAAGGCUCGAAACGCGUCCCAGAAGCACAUUGAGUUGCUAGGCCAGCAUACGGCGGCUUCGGAGACCUCGUCCGCAACCAUCAAGGCCACGGAAGACCCGUACCUGCUUCAGCGCCAAGUCUACCACCGCCUGAACAAGCAGGUACUCGAGGAAAACAACAACCGCGAUGACAUGAUCUCCAUCCAGAACAACUUCUCCCAGUUCGAAACGCACGUCAUUCAGACGUUCCAACAAGGAAUCGCCCAAUUCAACCAAGUCAUUGCCGGACAAGCUGAGCAGUCUCGCACCAUGUAUGGUGAUAUCGCCGGCAAUGCGCAGCGCAUGCCAGCCGACUUUGAGUGGAACAACUUUGUGAAGAGACACGCUCAUAUCCUCAUUGACCCCAGCGCUGGCAAGCGCUCUGUCGAGAGCAUCGCGUUUGCCAACCAGGACCACAAAUCCACUCGCCCGCUCAUUGCCGGAUCCCUGGAACGCAAGACCGGAAUCAUGAAGAAGUACGACGCGGGUUUCUAUGUGGUCACCCCGGCCAAAUACCUCCAUGAGUUCAAGACGGACGAUGAUUUUGCCAAAGACCCAACCCCUGAAAACAGCCUGUACCUUCCAGACUGCAUGAUUGGCGCCGUAGAUGGCGUCAAGUUCAACGUCCGCGGAAAGGAUGCCAGCGGAGGCGCCAUGGCGACGAAGCUCGCGAGGACUCACGAGUUUGCAUUCAAGGCCCACACUCCAGACGAUGCAAAGAAAUGGCACACGAUCAUUUCUAGCGUCGCGGGUCAGACUACGCUCGAAAAGCCAGACAGCACCCCGAGCAGCCCGGUUGGAACCACUCCGGUAGCAGCUGCAACACCGGCGGCGCCUGUCGUUCAUGUCGAGCCUGGCACCGUGGUUAUGACUGACGGGGCCGCGAAGCCGAUCUAA